UUUCCCCUCUGAGUCAGCUGCGGCCGCUGUCAGCCAGCCCCUUUCGCGGCCCCUCCCAUGGUCCGGCCGGGACGUUGUGUCCUGCGGGCGGUGGCGCCACUGCCCGAGUUGGAGCCGAAGCCGCGAGAGGUUCCUUUCGGGGCUGACAGGUGGACCGGCGCCGGGGAGGGGAGGGAGAGAAGACCUGGCAGCGGGGGCUACUUCUCCCCCGGCUGUGGAAGAUGGUGUUCGAGUCGGUGGUCGUGGACGUGUUGAAUCGGUUUUUGGGGGAUUAUGUGGUGAACCUGGACACUUCCCAGCUAACGCUGGGCAUCUGGGGAGGAGCUGUAGCCCUUAAGAAUCUCCAAAUUAAAGAAAAUGCAUUGAGUGAACUGGAUGUACCAUUUAAAGUCAAAGCUGGACAUAUAGUGUGGGUGCCUUGCUGCUUUAGCUAUGGUGUCUUGCUCAAGGAAAGUAAACUUGAUCUCGUGAUUCCAUGGACAAACCUUUACACUCAGCCAGUUGAGGCAGUAUUGGAUGGAAUUUACUUACUCGUAGUGCCUUCAGCCACUUUGAAGUAUGAUGCAGAAAAAGAAGAGAAAUAUCUCUUAGAUAUGAAGCAGAAUGAACUAAAGAGAAUAGAAGAUGCAAAACAGAAAACAGCAAACAAAGAAAAUCCACAAGAGAAACAGGAUACUUUUUCAGAAAAGCUGAUUGCACAGAUAAUAAAAAAUCUUCAGUUAAAAAUUUCUAAUAUCCAUAUCCGAUAUGAAGAUGAUAUUACAAAUCGAAAAAAACCAUUGUCAUGUGGGAUAUCUCUUCAGAAUUUCAGCAUGGAGACAACUGAUCAGAAUUGGAAACCAUGUGUACAUGAUGCAGCCAAGAAAGUGUUCUGGAAGCUAAUACGUUUAGAUAACCUUUUUGGCUAUUGGAAUGUGAAUUCUAAGAUGUUUCACAACUAUGGUGACUAUAAGAAAUCUUUGGAAAGCUUAAAGUAUGGAGUUGUCCAUGAAGACAUUAUCCCAGAAGGUUAUGAUUUUGUAUUCCGUCCCAUAUCGGCUCAAGCCAAACUCCGCAUGAAUCACCGAACAGAUUUAGAUUUUUCUGCACCAAAAUUGGAUUUGGAUGUGAGGCUACAAGAUAUAGGCAUUGAAUUGAAUAAAUUACAGUAUUUCAGUAUCAUGGAGCUCCUUGAAUCAGUUGACAUGAUGACUCAAAACCUGCCAUAUAGGAAGUAUAGGCCUGAUGUACUUGUUCACAACAAUGCCAAGAAAUGGUGGAAGUAUGCAAUAACUGGUAUUCUUAAAGUAAAUAUCCAGCCCAGGCUGCGCAUGUGGUCAUGGAAAUACAUAUGUGAACAUAGGCAAAACGUGAAGCAGUAUAAAGAGCUUUAUAAGAGAAAGAUAAGAAGUAAGAAGCCAGCUGAUGAAAUUCUAAGCUCUUUGCAGCAUUUGGAAAAGAUCUUGGAUGUAUUUAACAUCAUUUUGGCAAGACAACAAGCAGAAGUUGAGAUAAAGAAAGCUGGACUCAAAAUUUAUGGAGCAUAUCCUGAGGAAAAUAGAGGCUGGUUUGGUUGGAUGUGGAAUUGGUCGGAGUCAAACAGUAAUGAGCAAGCAGAUGCUAAACCUGCAAGUCUUGAAGAAUAUAUGACAGCUGAAGAGAAGGCUAAACUCUAUGAAGCAAUUGGUUAUAGUGAAACCGUGGUUGACCCAACGUUGCCCAAAACAUAUGAAGCCAAAAAAUUAUUUCUACGCUUGGAAAGCAUGCAUAUUUCCUUAAGGGAAAAGCAGAAAAAAUCUGAGUUGGUACAUAUUUCCUUAGGAGAAUUCAGCACAUUGAUCAUACAACGACCGGGAGCACAAGCAAUAAAAUUUGAAAGCAAGAUAGACUCAUUUCAUGUUACUGGUUCAUCAAGUUAUGACUCAAAACCUUGUCUCCUUUCUCCAUUGGAUGACUUUUCUUCACUUUUCAAAAUUAUGUUUGAGACCAACCCAUUAGAUGGAUCUGCUGCUCAGAGAUGUGUUAUAGAAGCUGAGCCUUUGGAAAUCAUGUAUGAUGCAAAAACAGUGAAUGGUGUAGUGGAAUUCUUUCGACCCCCAAAAGAAGUUCGUUUGGCACAGUUGACAACAGCAACUUUGAUGAAAUUGGAAGAAUUUCGUGAGAAAACAGCAACAGGUCUAUCGUAUAUUAUUGAAACACAGAAAAUUCUUGAUCUCAAAAUUAAUAUGAAGGCUUCAUAUAUUAUUAUCCCCCAAAAUGGAUUUUAUACUCCCACAUCAAAUAUACUUCUCUUGGAUCUUGGUCAUCUAAAGGUAUCAAGCAGGAAUCGUUCGGAGUUACCACACAUUGAAAAAAAUCAGUGUAAUAUCGAAGAGAUUAUGUCUAGAGCUUAUGAUAAUUUUGAUAUUCAGCUUAGUAGCAUACAGCUACUUUUUAGCACAGCUGGUGAUGAUUGGAAAGAAGCUCGAAAACUCAAGUGUUCUCAUCAGCAUAUCUUGAAGCCGCUGCAUUUUAAUGUGGAAUUGUCCAAGUCCAUGGUUGUCACAGAUAUAAGAAUGCCUAAAUUCAAAGUUUUUGGACAUCUACCUCUACUUUCUUUGCAAGUUUCAGAUCAAAAAUUAAGAGAGAUUUUGGAAUUAGUUAAAAGCAUUCCAAGGCUACAAAGUGGAACUGAUGUAUCUGCUCCUGCGAGAACUUCUGUGGCUCGUGCAUCUUCUUUUGGAACACCACAGAUUUCACAAAGGCUGCUUCCUCUCUUGGAACUUCAGUCUCUUAUUGAAGAUGAAUCAGAAGAGGAAUUUUUUGAUGCUCCUUGUAGUCCACUAGAAGAAACUCCUCCUCUGCCAAUUACUGUUGGCAAUGCUCGACAAAGAAAGGCUCAGAGACAAGAGCUUACAAACUUGAUUGAUUUAACAGUGAAAUUUGAGAUACCUGAGGUUUUAAUUCAGUGUUAUCGCCUUAUUGAAAAUUUGGAGCAGCCUAUGGUGGAACUAGAUAUCCUAGGAUUAGGCACAGAGAUUCAAUUAAGAAGAUUUGACAUGAGAGCAAGUGCUUACCUGAAGGAAAUUUGUUUAAAAUGUCCAGCGUACCUGGAUGAAAAGGGUAAACCAGUAUACAUUCUUACAACACUGGAUAAUGCAGUAGAAGAUCUGCUAACGUUGGAAUAUGUUAAGGCUGAUACACAUGGACCAGAACUUAAAACUGCUUAUAAGAAUAUUGUACAGCUGUUAAAGGUAAAUUUUUCCUCUUUGGAUAUUCAUUUGCAUACUGAAGCACUUUUGAGUAUUAUGAAUUUUAUGAAUAAUCUCUUUCCUGGAAGAGAGGAAGAAUUACCCUCAGAAAGUCAGGUUAUGGAAACUGAAGACAAAGGAGAAAUAAUUAAGAAAUUAUCUGCUAAGGGAUCUAGGACUGAAGAUGUCAUUACCCUAAAGGUCAUUGCUGAACUGUCUUGCUUAUGUAUCUAUAUUGAAGACCAAAGAUAUAGAAUUGCUGAAAUUACAAUUGAAGGAUUUGAUUCCCAGGUGGUAAUGAGACAUACCAUAACUGAAGUAAAUGUGAACCUGAAAAAUAUAAUUAUUUUAGAUUCUGAUGAAAUGGCCUUAUAUAAAAAGGUUCUUUAUAUAACUGGAAAAGAAGUCUUCAGUUUCAAAAUGGUUUCUUAUAUGGGUGCUACUGCUGGUGCUGAAUAUAUGAAUAUGAAUGUAGUUGACAGUGAGGUUACUUUAACUGUUGGCUGCAUUGAAGUUGUUUUAAUGAUGAAAUUUUUAUAUUCUGUAAUGGCUUUUAUAAACAACUUUCAAAGAGCAAAAGAAGCUUUGACUGAAGCAACAGUUCAAGCAACAGGUAUAGCUGGUGGUGUAAAAGAACUGGCAAAAAGGAGUUCCCGAAUGGCAUUGGAUAUUCAUAUCAAAGCACCUGUUGUAGUAAUCCCACAGUCGUCAGCAUCCGAAAAUGUCUUAGUUGCUGAUUUUGGGCUAAUUACAAUGAAGAACAAGUUCUACAUGGUUUCAAAGAGCCACUUUAACCCUCCACCUGUUAUUGAUGAUAUAACAGUAAGGAUGAGUGAGAUGAAACUCUACAGGUCUCAAUUUAUUGAAGGCCAAUUUCCUGAAGUACUAGAUAUAAUGCAACCAAUAAAUCUUGAGGUUAAUGUUCAGCGAAAUUUAUCCUGGGAAUGGUACCGAGAAAUUCCUGCUAUCAACCUUGAUGCUCAGCUUAAACCAAUGGAGCUUAUUUUGAGUCAAGAAGACAUGACUAUGAUAGUUAAAAUGCUGUAUGAAAAUAUAUGGAUUAUAGAUACCAGUCCUUCAGUAGCUACAGUCAUAGAAGAGUCUAAUGGUGUUAGUGAUCCUACAACUCAUCGUCUUUCUGGAGGAACAACUUUAGUGACAGCAGCAGUGGUGGAAAUGCAUUCACAUGCACCACGUAUUAAGACUACAUUAAACCUCAAUUUCAGAACUGACUAUAUGACCUUAACUGUAUACAGCCCAGAUCCUAAAAAUACUUCCUUCGUAGAUGUUCGAGAUCCUCAGUUGAAACUUGCAGAGUUUAAAUUGGAACAGAUUUUAAUUGUGGGGAAAAUGUUGACAGAUGACUCAGUGUUUUUUUCAUUGUCCUUGAAAAACUGUAUAUUAGAAGAUAAACGGAGCCAUAUCCGGAAGGCAACUCCACAAAUGAUUGGACUUACAGUUGGCUUUGAAAGUAAGGAUAUGAUGGAUGUAAGAUACAAACGAAGUAAAGAUGGUGCUGUAGUCGAUGCAAUUUUACAAGAGCUAUAUCUCUGUGCAAGUAUAGAAUUCCAGAAGGCAGUUGCAGAUGUCUUUCUUACAGCUUUUAGUAGUGGCAUUGUUGUAGAGACUACUGCUGUUCAAAAGUGGUCCUCAAAAGAAGUGCAAUUAGAUACAGAAGAGAAAUGGGAAGUGAAUAUUUUGAUUAAAAACCCUGAAAUUGUGUUUGUGGCUGACUUGUCAAGACAUGAUGCUCCAUCAUUAGUACUUACAACACAGUGUGAAAUCUGUUGGAAGUGGGCACCUCUUUUAGAAACAAUAACUGCUGCAAUAAAAGAUCUCCAAGUGAAAGCGUGUCCAUUUCUUCCAGGAAAGAGAGAAGGCAAAGUCACUACGGUUUUACAGCCAUGUGACUUGUUUUAUCAAAGUAUUCAAGAGGGUACAGAUCCACAGACGGUUGACAUAUCAGUAAAAUCCCUGACACUCAAGAUUUCACCUAUUAUCAUAAAUACCAUAAUUACUAUUAUGUCAACAUUUUAUAAAACUGUAGAAGUUAAGCAUCGAGAAUCAUUUCCCUCUCAGCCAGAGUUAUGGGACAAAAUGGAUACAAAGAAGCUGAAAAUGUGGUUUCUUGAAGAAUCAAGUGAUAAUGAAAAGGUGGCUUCUGUGACAGAGUUGGUUCCCAAUGGAGAAAUGAUAAAAAUGACUAUUGACUCAAUUUUUGUAGUUCUUGAAGCUGGGGUUGGUCAUAGAACAGUACCAAUGCUCUUGGCUAAGUCGUAUUUUUCAGGGGAAGGAAAAAACUGGAGUACUCUAAUCAAUCUUCACUGUCAUCUUGAGUUAGAAGUACAUUACUACAAUGAAAUGUUUGGUGUAUGGGAACCUUUACUUGAACCUUUAGAAAUUGAUCAAACUGAAGAUUUUAGACCAUGGAAUCUUGGAAUAAAGAUUAAAAAGAAAGCAAAGAAGGCUUUGGUUGAAUCGGACACUGAGGAAGAAAACUACAGAGUGCCAGAGUACAAAACAAUAAUCAGUUUCUAUUCAAAAGACCAAUUGAACAUUACAUUAUCUAAAUGUGGCCUUGUAAUGUUGAAUAAUUUAGGAAAGGCAUUUGCAGAAGCUGCUGUUCAAACUUCAGAUUUCUUUACAAAGGAUCAAGCACCAUUUAUGAUUUUCAAUUCUCUUGGAAUUACCAUCUCUGUGUCAGUGAGUGAUUCCUUUCGUGUUCUUAAUGUUCCUGUGACAAAAACAUUUGAAUUAAAAAAUGAACAGAGUUUAAGUAUGGAUUAUGUCAGAAGUAAUGACGGUGAUCAGUUUAGUGCAAUGACCAGCCUAAGCAGCAAACUUUUUUUCAUUCUACUCACACCUGAAAAUCAUUCUACUGCUGAUAAGAUUCCUUUAACAAAAGUGGGUCGAGGUCUGUACACUGUUAGACACAGAGAAUCUGGUGUUGAAAGAUCUAUUGUUUGUCAAAUUGAUACAGUUGAAGGAAGUAAGAAGGUUACAGUCCGAUCUCCAGUGCAGAUGCGAAAUCAUUUCUUAAUUCCAUUGAAUAUUUAUGAAGGUGACACAUUGUUGGGAACUGCUUUACCAGAAAAUGAGUUCAACGUACCAUUGACAUCUUAUCGAUCAGCCCUUUUUUUGAAACCAGAUGGUGAAGAAUAUGAACGAUGUGAUGCAAUCAACUUUGAAGAAAUUAUAAAACAUGAGGGACUCCUUCUAGAAAAGAGAUGUCAAGCUUUACACUGUGCUAAGAAAGCAUUUAUCAUUAAUAUUGUACCUGAAAAAGACAAAUUGACAUCAAUGUCAGCAUAUUCAGAUGAUGGAUGGGAUUUACCAUACAUAAUUCAUCUGUGGCCUCCUGUUCUUCUCCACAAUUUUCUUCCUUACAAAAUUGCUUAUUAUCUAGAGGGAAAUGAACUUAGAGUUUUCACUCUCACAGAGGGUUGUUCGACACAGAUUUACACUGCAGAGUUAGAUAACACAAGACUGCAUUUAAAAUUAAUUGACUAUCUUGACCAAGAUUGGAAAAGUGAAUAUCAAAUAAGAUCUAAUCAGCAUGACAUUGAUUUUGUUAGUUUCAUUUGUGUCACUGAGAUAGAGAAGACAGAAUUAGUUAUUGCCAUUCACUUGACUUAUACCACUGGCCAGGCGAUUGUAGCAUUUCACAGCCCUUAUUGGAUGGUGAAUAAAACUGGUCGGAUGCUACAGUACAAAGCAGAUGGGAUUCAUCGAAAGCAUCCCUCUGAUUAUAAAAAGCCAGUACUCUUUUCUUUCCAGCCUAAACACUUUUUUAAUAAUAACAAGGUUCAGCUUAUGGUGACUGAGAGUGAGUUAUCAGACCAGUUUUCAAUUGAUACUGUAGGUAGUCAUGGAGCUAUUAAAUGUAAAGGCAUGACAAUGGAGUAUCAAGUUGGUGUGACCAUAGACUUGAGUAGUUUUAACCUUACAAGAAUUGUGACAUUUACUCCUUUUUAUAUAAUGAACAACAAAAGUAGAUAUAACAUAAAAAUAUCAGAAGAGGAUAAUGAAAAAUGGAUCUCUCUUGAUUUGGAGCAGUGUAUCCCCUUUUGGCCUGAAACAACUUCUAAUAAACUGCUGAUUCAAGUUGAAAACAGCGAAGAUCCUCCAAAGAAGAUACAUUUGAACAAACAAGAAAAUUGUAUUUUGUUGAACCUAGGCAACAAACUUGGAGGAAUUAUAGUACAAGUUAACAUAGCUGAGCACUCUACAGUUAUUACAUUUAUGGAUUAUCAUGAUGGAUCUGCUACAUUCCUUUUAAUAAAUCACACCAAGGAUGAGAUCGUUGAAUAUAAACAAAGCUGUCUCGCUGAAAUGGAAGACAUGCUUCCUCCUGGUAAAGCAGUUUUGUAUACUUGGAGUGAUCCCAUAGGCUCUAGAAAACUGACCUGGAAAUGUGGAAAGACCCGUGGUGAAGUAACACAAAAAGAUGACAUGAUGACACCAAUAAAUUUGGGUGGGAAAAAGACCAUUUAUUUAGUUUCAUUCUUUGAAGGCUUGCAACGCAUUAUUUUAUUCACUGAAGAUCCUAAAGUAUUUAAAGUGACGUAUGAAAAUGAAAAGGCAGAGUUGGCAGAGCAAGAAAUUGUGUUGUCAUUACAAGAUGUUGGAAUUUCAUUGGUUAAUAACUAUACAAAACAAGAAGUAGCCUAUAUUGGCAUCACAAGCUCGGAUGUAGUUUGGGAGACAAAACCAAAGAAGAAAGCAAGGUGGAAGCCAUUGAGUGUAAAGCAAACUGAAAAAUUAGAGAGAGAAUUUAAAGAAUACAUUGAGAUUUCGCCUUCAGAAGACAAGAUUAUAGAGUUGGAACCUAGUAUUUCGAUUUGUUUAACACCUAGUGGUAGUAACAUGAAAAUUCUACAACCACAUAUAAUACCUGUAAGAAGAAAUUACCUGCCAGCAGUAAAAUUAGAAUAUAAUACAUCUGCACAUCAGACGUCUCUCAGAGUCCAAAUUUAUAGGAUACAGAUACAAAAUCAGAUUCAUGGAGCUAUUUUUCCCUUUGUAUUUUAUCCCGUUAAACCUCCCAAGUCAGUCACCAUGGAUUCAGCACCAAAGCCAUUUACAGAUGUAAGUAUUGUGAUGAGAUCUGCAGGACAUUCACAAAUAUCACGUAUUAAGUAUUUUAAAGUGUUGAUACAAGAAAUGGACCUCAGAUUAGAUCUUGGAUUUCUUUAUGCUUUGGCAGAUCUCAUGGCAGAAGCUGAGGUGACUGAAAAACAUGAGGUUGAACUUUUCCACAAGGAUAUCGAAUAUUUUAAAGAAGGAUUUAAGACAGACUCGUUAACAGAUAUAACACAAGUCAGCCUAUAUGAAUAUUUUCAUAUUUCUCCUAUCAAGUUGCACUUGAGUGUUUCACUGAGUUCAGGUAGAGAUGAUGGUAAAGGUACAACACAAGAAGGAGGACUGAUUCCAGUUCAUUCAAUAAACCUCUUGCUGAAAAGUAUUGGUGCCACUCUUACAGAUGUGCAAGAUGUAGUAUUUAAGCUGGCAUUUUUUGAACUUAACUAUCAGUUCCAUACAACACCUCAACUACAGUCUGAGGUCAUAAGACAUUACUCAAAACAGGCCAUUAAGCAAAUGUAUGUUCUUAUUCUUGGACUUGAAGUUUUAGGAAAUCCAUUUGGCUUAAUUCGAGAAUUUUCUGAAGGAGUAGAAGCAUUUUUCUAUGAACCAUAUCAGGGAGCCAUCCAGGGUCCUGAAGAAUUUGUAGAGGGCAUGGCAUUAGGACUUAAAGCACUAGUUGGAGGAGCUGUUGGUGGACUGGCAGGUGCUGCCUCUAAAAUAACUAAUGCUAUGGCCAAAGGGGUAGCAGCCAUGACUAUGGAUGAAGAUUACCAGCAGAAGAGAAGAGAAGCCAUGAAUAAACAACCUGCGGGUCUUAGAGAAGGCAUCACACGUGGAGGAAAAGGCUUAGUUUCUGGUUUUGUAAGUGGGAUAACAGGAAUAGUGACUAAGCCAAUCAAAGGAGCCCAAAAAGAAGGAGCAGCAGGGUUCUUUAAGGGUGUUGGGAAAGGAUUAGUUGGAGCAGUGGCAAGGCCAACAGGAGGAAUUAUCGAUAUGGCUAGUAGUACCUUUCAGGGAAUUAAAAGAGCUACUGAGACUUCUGACGAAGUAGAGAGUCUUCGUCCCCCAAGAUUCUUUAAUGAAGAUGGUGUUAUUAGACCUUACAGAUUGAGGGAUGGAACCGGAAAUCAGAUGUUACAGGUAUCAAAAAGUUUGAUAUGAAAACAGUUAAUGCAUGACUUGCAAGUGAAAGCCUACAGUAGAUUUUUAUAUCAACAUAGCCAUAAAACUUUGCAAACUAUGUACAACAACUGCAAUGUUUUAAUAAAGUGAAAAUCCUUACUAAUAAUAGUAACUACAUAUAAAGAGAUUAUUAGCAAGUCUAAAUGUUUUGUAGGGUCUUAUUUUGCUUUUGCAGCAUACAUAUUUUCAACCAAGAUUUUCUUAUGUAAAGUCCAGUGAGAUAAGUUGAAACCCAUUUUGCCUUGUGUACCUUGUGAAUCUAAUUAUUUUGAUCAUUGCACUGUGUCAUUUUGGAGUAUUUCAUUAGUGCCACAAAUAUGAUGGUUGCCCUGGGUUCAGGAAAGGACAAUCAGAACUGUUUCUACACCAGAGUUUUUCAGGGUUCUUGUGCUUUCCAGACAAUCUGUUCAGCCACAGUAAAACAUUUAUACAACUUACUUUCCUUCUCUUGCCCAUAGAGCAUUCUGUUUUCCAAAUUUUUCGCAGGAUUUAAUAACUAGUCAUUUCAAGUCAAAACCAACUUUCUUGUUAAAAAAAAUAGUUCUUAUGGGAUGGUAAACACCACUGAAUUAAAAUACUUCAUGUAGAAAUAUAGUUAAAGAAGUAGAAAGUCUUUUUUUUUUAAGUGAACUGAAAGUUCUCCACUCCUUAAUUGGCUUUCUGAAGUUUUUUUUUUCCCCCAAAGCAUUUUACGUGCCUUAAAGUGACUUAAAUCCUCUGUGAGAAAGUAAGGAGAUAUUUUCUUUGUAGACAUAAAUAUUUAUUACACUGUAUAGCCUUUAUUACAAAACAAAUUGGUAGUUAUAUAGUAAUGCUGUCCUUGAUUAUUAUUUUGACAUGUUAAAAUAACACUGUGCUUAAAGUGAUUAUGAGUAAACUAAAUGAGCCAAUGUUUUAACUACCCAUAAGCAGUAAAGCAUGUAUCUUACAGCCUUCAUUACAGAAUCCUUGUAAAUAAUGAAAACUGUGAUAGCAUGUAACAUGAGGCCAGGUUUUUUUGACAGUGCAGUUUUUUGUUAAGAAAUUCCAUAAAGUGUCUUUCUAAAAGUUUAAAACAAUUUUAGCAUAAAACUAGCAGUCAUUGGCCAAAUGUGAUUUCUAAUGGGCAUUCCAGGAUAAGUUAUAUUAUGAAAAAUGGUAUAUGAUAAAUGGUAUGUGUGAGAAUCACUUAACUCUGGUACUUGAAAAAUGUUACCCAACCAUUUCCCUUCUUGCCCAUGUUAUUCUAGCAUUUAACACAUAUUUAGUUUAAAUUCAGUUUUUAAAAUAUAUGAGGAGCUUAGAAGUAUCAUACUAUAUACUCUAUAUAUACUAUAUACUGUAAGUAUUCUAAUUGGAGGCACAGAGAUAUUAGGAAAAGUGUAAGGCUAUAUCAUCAUUACUAGCUAUAAAAAUAAAAUAGAAACCAGGAGAUCCUGCAGAUUCAGGAUCCUGCCUUGGUUUCAAGGACAUACAGAAUUGUCUCUGUCUUUGGAUAGUGGUUAUUUUUGGAAGCUUUAAAUUUAGAAGAGUUGAAGGACAUGGUUUUAUGUAAAUCUUUAUAAACUCACGAAUUUUUGGCAUGUCAAUAUUAAGUAUACUUAAAGUAAUAGGUAUUUAACUAAUGACAGUUCUUGUGACCCAGAUAAGUGUCAUCUGUUGUAGGUUAGAAUGACCUACGUUUCCACAAAUAUUUUUAUAUUUGUGAUUAGCCCACCCUUUUAAUUAUACAUUUAAAAUAUGGGGGCUUUUGACAAAACUGUGCUGUAUGUUCUUAACAUUGUUUAGAAAUUCUUACAAUUACAUUCAUAGUCAUAAUUUAGAAAAGUUUGUUGCUGAUAGGUAGGCAGGAUUAAAAAUCUGAUUCAGAGUUGGUGUACAUUAUUUGAAAAUGGUAUCGUGGUUUCAGUGAGUUUUCCCUUAAUAUUUUCUCUCUAUUUUUUUAUCCAUGCUGCUACGAACUAUUUAAGAUAUAUGUAUGCAUAUACAUAUAUAUAUUUUUUAUGAUGAAAGUGUAUAUAUAAAAUGACUCUUUUUAGUGUGUACAUUUCCAACUAGACAGUAACAUAUUAUCUUCCCAGAUGGUCUUGAUGGGGGAUUGUGAUCAGUUAAAUUUAGCCAACCAGAGUAAAAUAAUGAUGAUAUUAAAUUGCUUUUCAUAAAGUGCCACAAAAUAUUUUUUUCCUACAUUAAAAUAAUCCAGACAAUUGGUUCUGUCUGUUGUAAAACCUAUACACUUAAUAGAAUUCAUUUAAAUCUACAAAUACAACCUUAGGAACAGCUGAAAAGAAUGCUUUAAUAGUAUUUUGAAUCCUAAAACAUUUCAUAAUCGUGCAUGUUUUUAAAACAACUUGCCAUUAUUGAACUAACCUUUUUGCUUCUUUUUUUUUCCUUUACCAUGCUCACAGAAAUUUUAUGCCUACAGGGAGUGGAUUAUGACUCUCGAUAGUAGUAGUAGUGAUGAUGAUGAAGAUUAGUCAGAUCUGUAUUAUUCAAAUGCAUGCAUUAUUUAUCAUUUUAAGUUGAAUGUCUUCAUAUACUGUGUGUGGCUGCUUUUGUAACUUCAGUAGUUCGUUAGUUAGGAUUUUAAAUUAUUUUCCCCUUUCACUAUAUUUUUAUAAAACUUACCAUUUAAACAGAGAAAUAGAAAUUAUUUUAUGUCAGAAGUCAGUCAUGUUUUAUAUAUAUAUCUCAUUUGAUUGUAGCCAAAAUAUUGUGUUGUAAUGAAAAGUGCCUUUUUUAGAUUUGUCUAUAAAUUGUAUUUUCGUUACUAUUUUCAUAGUUGCAAGUUUUCCUUUGUAGUACCUUUUUAUUUGAAGUCACCUGCUCAUUUGUUAACAAAAUUCAUUUAUUAUAUGGAUGUUUUCAAUGUAACCUUUCUGGACUUUAAUGUAUUAUCAAUGUAUUAAAGAAAAAGAAGCAGAGAGAAAAACGGCUCAUCAGUUUUUUAUAUUCACUUUAUUUCAGAACUUUCUUGUCAGUUUCCUUUCAAUAACAAUAAACUUGUGUAAUUUGAAAGAA